UUCGGUUGUUGGAAUCUGGACCAUUUUUGCUGGCCUGAAGACCGCGGGCUGGGACGGCGCUACGAUGGCCAUUUGCCAGUUUUUCCUUCAAGGCCGGUGCCGCUUCGGAGACCGCUGCUGGAACGAGCAUCCCGGCACCCGGGGUACGGGCGGAGCCCGGCAGCCGCCACAACAGCAGCCGCCGCCCUCAGGGAGUAACAGGCGUGGUGGGUGGAAUGCCAACAGCCAGAGAUACUCCAGUGUCAUCCAGCCAUCCAGCUUCUCCAAGUCUACACCAUGGGGUGGCAGCAGAGAUCAAGACAAACCAUUAUUCGGCUCCUUUGAUUCUGGGGCUUCCACCAGCAGAAGCUUUGAAUCAUCUCAAAACCCUUUUGCUUCACUUAUCUCUGAAGAGCAGAAAGAUGAAAAGAAACUGCUGGAAGGAAUUGUUAAAGAUGUAGAGACUUGGGAAUCAUCGGGGCAGUGGAUGUUCUCUGUUUACUCACCAGUGAAAAAGAAACCUAACAUUUCAGGUUUCACAGAUAUUUCACCAGAAGAGUUGAGGCUUGAAUACCAUAACUUCUUAACCAGCAAUAACUUACAGAGCUAUCUAAAUUCUGUUCAACAGCUAGUAAGUCAAUGGAAGAAUAGGAUAAAUGAACUGAAAAAUCUAAAUAUGUCAACCAAAGGAACUCUGCUCUCUGAUGUAAAGGGUGAAGCCAGUCAAGCAGCACCUGCAUUUGGGUUUGGAAGUAAGCAAGCAGGGACGUUUGGGUCAUCAGGUUUUCCAGUGAAUAGCAGCAGCAGUAAUGUUCAGAACUUUAGUUUUAAAACGAACUCUGGAUUUGCCACUGCCCCUUCUGGAAGCACGCCUGUGUUUGGGAGUCCCUCGGCCUUUGGGGCCGGGCCCUCUGCUGGUUCUGCCAUCACUUCCUCCGCUCCAGCCUUUGGGUUUGGGAAGCCUGAAGCCACAUCUGCUCCAUUUUCCUUCAAGAGCCCUGAUGCUUCCGGUUUUGGAUCACCUGGAUUUUCAGGGUUUCCAGGUUCCUUGGCAGGGAGGCCUUUCGGCCCUGCAGUGGCACCUGCCUUCAGAAAUGGCAGUUCUGUAGCUGGUUUUGGUAGUCCUGGCCCACAGUCUCAAUCUGUAUUUGCCAAACCUUCUAAUGACUUGUUUGGAGGUAGCAGCAUAUCAGCCUCCUUCCCCGUCUCGGCCACAAAUAAUGUACUGUUCACACCCAGGGAUCAGCUGACUAAAGAGGAGCUGGAUCAGUUCCAGUCCCAGAAAUUUACUCUGGGGAAAAUCCCAUUGAAGCCACCACCUGUGGAACUUCUGACUGUAUAAAGGGCAGUUUCAACUACAGAACGGCUUUAGCCAGGCAUAUGGUGCUUGCCUGUAGUCUGGGAGACUGAGAGAAGGGAUGCCACAAACUCAGGGCCAGCCUGAACUGCACAGAGUAAGUAAGUGACCAGCCAGGUCUGUGUGAAAUCCUCCAAGAAAAAGAUCUGAAUGGUGUUUAAAGAAAUGUUUUUUUUUAGUGCUUGGGAUCACUGGGCCCUCACACAUGCAAGGCAAGUUCUACCUGAGCCACACUCUGUCCCUAAAUAUGUUUUUUAAGAUUGUCUUGAAUUAUGAGGAAUGUAAGCUUUUAGUAAUUUGAGGGACUUUAAAGUUGAACAUUUUUUAUAAACCUAGCUAAAUAAAGCACAGCCAAAAACUCAAUAAGCAAGGGAAAUCUUUUGUACUGUAAUUAUGAGUGGAACUAAAAAAUACAGUGUACUAAAUAAAGUAAUUUUCUCAUUCUGUUCCAAUAUAUGAUCCAUCCCUUUAGCAGGGAUGUGGAGAGUGGAGCUCAGACCCAGGUGCAGUGUCUUGUGCAUGUCACUGAGCUAGCCCCAGGCCCGGCCUUCUUUUUACUGGCGUGUGUGGUGUGGGUCUUUUGCCUGCAUGUGUGUCUGUGUGCUACUUUCAUACCUGAUGCCCAUGGAGGUCAGAACAGGGUGUCAGAUUUUCUGGAACUGGAGUUACAGAUUGUGAGCCACCAUGUAGGUUCUAGGACCCCAGUCCUCUGGAAUAGCAGUCAGUGCUCCUAACCUCUGAGCCAUCUCUGGUCUUAACUCCUGAUUUUUUAACAUGGGAGGGGGGAUAUAUGGAAGGUACUGACGAGAUUGCUGAAUGGGUAAAGGAAUUGCUGCAUGCAUGUGAGAAUCUGAGUUUGGAUACCCAGCAAUUAGGUAUGGCAGUGCAUGAAUCUGUCACCCCAACACUGGAAGAGCAGAGACAGGUGGAUGCCCAGAACUUGCUGACCAACCAUUCUAGCUGGAUCAAUGAUUUCUAUAAACCCUGUAAGAAACUAAGGGUGGAGAAUGACAGGAAGACACCCAACCCCAACCUUUGGCCACCACACACACCUGUGCACACACGUCUACACACAUAUAUCAGACCAAAAAAAGUGAAUGCCUUACCUAGUGAAAGAUGAGCGCUCCAAGUAUUCAUUCAUGCUUUCAAAGAAUUCAGUUCCCAGAGGAUCCAAAUUCUGAUCCACUUUAAACAGUGUGACCCUAUCUAUCCUGUUCAGGGUCUCAGCAUGUGAAACCAAAUCCAUACUCAGGAUGUGUCUUUAUGUUUGAUGUUUAGAACUGUAAUUGGUAAGUAGAAUAUAAGUUGUUUCUCCUUUGGUCUGUGUGUUCCUAGAAAAUAGACUCUUAAGAAUUCUGCCCCAUGAACCUUAGAGUCAUGAGACCUACCUGUAGAUGAAUGCUUAGUCAUUCCUGUUGCUUAGGAUAUUUAUAAAUAUAAAUUUAUUUCUCACGAGUUCUGUAUA